UCUUCGUAAAUAAAAAAAGAACACAUUAGUAAUAUUAAAAAAAAAAUAAUAAUAAUAAUAAAAAGAAAAAGAAAUAGAAACAGACAGAGACAAAAAUUUGCGUACAAGACAAGAAAACACUGUAUAAUAUAUACAUAUAUACAUCGUACUUUUACGUAAAAAUAAAAAAAAGUAACCAUUGUACUUGUUACUCAUUUUAAUACAACAAUCAUAAAUCCAGAAAGAUGAAAGUGCAUUAAAUUACCUGUGCAAUUAAUAAAAGUGACGUUACUUGAAUUUAAGUUUUUAAAUCUCAAUGGGCAGUAUUUACGCAUCAAUAAAAAAAGGUGACAUAAAAUUAAGUCACUUAUCACCACACGACGAUUCAUAGGAUGUGAUAUAUCCUUAUGGGGUGAAAGUGCCUCUUGAGACCAUUUAAAAAAUUACAGUGCAAUAAAUAACACAUAAAAAAUAACGAAAAUAAUGUUGUCAUACUGCUGCAGUACCAGUCGCCGGGUGUUAUUGUGUCUGACAUUGUCCACGAUGGCGGCGAAUAUUUACGGGGAUAUUCUUGUUUUCUCUGAUACCUCGCAGCACCAAAUUGAAGAAGAAUUCCGCGACAUACCCGCGCGGUUUGGUCCUCUUAUACCUGUCGAAGGAAUCAGGGGAAAAGUUGUUUAUGCACAGCCACCAACAGGAUGUCGUUUGAUAUCCCCGCCACCAAAUGACGCUAAUUAUACUGGUCUAUGGAUAGCAUUAAUAGCUCGUUACAAUUGUAGUUUUGAAAUAAAAGUACGAAUGGCACAAAAAGCUGGCUAUGAUGCAGUUAUUGUUCAUAAUGUUAAUAGUAAUGAAUUAGAGCCAAUGUCAGCCAAGGAACCACUUGGAAUAAGUAUACCAUCAGUAUUCGUAAGCCAGAUAACGGGUUUAAUAAUAAAAGAAAAUUAUUUAUGGGACAAUGAUUUCUCUGUAUUGAUAAAUGAUGAUAUUCCUUUUAAUAUAAAUACCCACUUGUUAUUACCAUUUGCAAUUGUUGUUGGUAUAUGUUUCCUAGUCAUGGUUAUUUUCAUGGUCGUAAGAUGUAUAAAAGAUAGACGUAGACAACGUAGGCAUAGAUUGCCUAAGUCGAGUUUAAAAAAAAUACCAACACACAAGUACACCAAAGGCGAUCCUUAUGAGACCUGCGCUAUUUGUUUAGAUGAUUAUGUGGAGAACGAAAAAUUACGCGUAUUACCUUGUGCUCAUGCAUAUCAUACCAAGUGCAUUGACCCCUGGUUGACGAAAAAUAAACGCGUGUGUCCAGUAUGUAAGCGCAAAGUUUUUGCCGCGGAUGAAAGAAUAAUUACUGACAGCGAGAGUGAUUCAGAUGCUGAUGACUCGACUCCACUUAUCAGAGAUGGUCAUCAAGGUACACAAGGUGGUACAUUUACACCGCAACGUGAAAAUCCAUUUACACGAGCAUUGAGAUCACAACAGCGCCGUCAUUCAAAUUCAUCAAACAGUAGUGAUGAUUCUUUUAGGUCGUUGAUAACAUCCGGAGGUAGCAGGAGUUCGCAUAACGGCGAGACGUCUGGUAACACGACAUUUCUAGUAUCGGACACUCACAGUAUAAACGGUGAACCAUCGGAUUUCGAGCGUUCUACAGACAGUAAUGACACGUAUACUGUUACUGUGUGUAGUGUAGACGCUGAAGAACAUCCAGCAUCAGUGGUUCACAUUUCACAAUCUCAAUCUGAAUCAGCAGCCCAAGUUCCACCAACAACUUUUGCUCCUGUCAAUAAUCAUCCAUUUAAUAAAUUGAGGGACAUGUUGACGCGCAAAAAUGAUGUGUUGGAUUAAAGUAAUUUAAAAAAUAAAAUAAACACAUCACUAUUUUUAAAUCCAUUAAAUUUAUUUAUUGAAUGGAAAUAAUGUUCGUUAAAUAGUUGUUACAAACCAAAUGUAAGAAAUUUCUACUUACUAAAUCAUGAACUUUUUAAACGUCAGUUAAAAUUUUAAUUUAAUUUAAUUUUUUCUUUUUUUUUUAAUGCAGAAUCUUUUUGAUGAAAUUUAAUGGUGUGGAAUUCCGAAUCAAAUUUGAGUUUUUAAAUAUUUUUAUAUAAAUCUUAACACGCUUAUUAUUUAAAAUUAUAGAUAUUAGUUCAUUUGAGACUUUUUCUUUUAGUUGUACAAAAUGUUUUUUGAGAUUUAUUAAUUUAUUAGGAUUAAAUAAUUAAUUAUUUACUUGAGCUUUAAAAUACCUUUUAUUUAUUCGGAAUUUAUUUUAUGAA